UUCACCAUCGCCAGUCACCGAUCAAUCAACCACCGCCGUCAGGGACCACCAUCGUCGAUCUCGUCUCCACCGGUUCCUCAAUUGACAUCAUCAUCCACCGUUUUGACGAGUAAGAAGAAGAUCAUGGAGAAUACGAUUGAUAAUAGCUACAUUGUCGGCACUUUCUUCGCUUCUUUUUUAGGUUUUGUUCUUCUUUCAGUUCUACGGCGCCGUACCAGCAACUCAAUCUCCCACUCUAAGAAGAUUACUUCUGGCAAUAACACCACUGCUAGAAAUCGGAGCGACCCGACCCGUGGAGAAUUUCGUCCCCGAUUAGGAUCUGCAGACGCCGAUGUAAUAAUCGUCGGAGCUGGUGUCUCUGGUGCCGCCCUUGCUUAUACCCUUGGCAAGGACGGACGUAAAGUUCGUGUGAUUGAGAGAGACUUAUCAGAGCCAGACAGGAUUGUAGGUGAACUGCUACAACCAGGCGGAUACCUUAAGCUAAUUGAGUUGGGGCUCGAAGACUGUGUGGAGGAUAUAGAUGCCCAAAGAAUUCUUGGAUAUGCUCUUUUUAAGGAUGGAAAGAGCACUAGAUUGCCUUAUCCCUUGGAGAAAUUUCAUUCAGAUGUAUCUGGUCGAAGCUUUCACAAUGGACGCUUUGUGCAGAAGAUGCGAGAGAAAGCUGCUACUCUCCCUAAGGUAACACUGGAGCAAGGCACUGUUACAUCCCUUCUUGAAGAUGAAGGAACUAUAAGAGGCGUUCAAUAUAAAACUAAAUCUGGUGAUGUAGUGAAAGCAUUUGCACCUCUUACAAUCGUGUGUGAUGGUUGUUUCUCUAAUCUGCGCCGUUCUCUUUGCAAACCACAGGUUGAUGUUCCCUCCUGCUUUGUGGGUCUGGUUUUGGAGAACUGUGAACUUCCAUAUCCAAAUCAUGGGCAUGUCAUCUUAGCUGAUCCUUCGCCCAUCCUAUUUUAUCCAAUUAGCGGCACCGAAGUUCGUUGUUUGGUUGAUAUUCCUGGUCAAAAGCUUCCUGCUCUUGCUAAUGGGGAUAUGGCAAAGUAUAUGAAGACCAAUGUGGCUCCUCAGGUUCCAGCUGAACUGCAUGAUGCUUUUGUAGCUGCUAUUGAUAAAGGGAAUAUAAGAACAAUGCCAAACAUGAGCAUGCCGACUGCUCCUGUUCCUACACGUGGAGCCCUUUUGUUGGGCGAUGCCUUCAACAUGCGCCAUCCUUUGACUGGUGGAGGGAUGACCGUUGCACUCUCUGACAUUGUUGUGUUACAACACCUUCUUAAGCCCUUGCGUGAUUUCACUGAUGCAGAUUCACUUCCCAAAUAUCUAGAAUCAUUCCACACCUUACGUAAGCCAGUGGCAUCUACCAUAAAUACAUUAGCUGGGGCUUUGUACAAGGUUUUUUGUGCUUCUCCUGACGAAGCAAUGAAGGAAAUGCGGGAAGCUUGCUUCGACUAUUUGAGGCUUGGUGGUGGUUGUGCAACAGGACCUAUUGGUCUACUCUCUGGGCUAAACCCGAAUCCAGUGAGUUUAGUUUUUCAUUUCUUUGCAGUGGCUGUAUAUGGCGUCGGUCGGCUUCUACUGCCUAUACCCUCCCCGAAGCGCUUAUGGAUCGGAGUUAGAUUGAUUCUGGGUGCAUCAGGAAUCAUUAUUCCUAUCAUAAAAGGUGAAGGAGUGAGGCAAAUGUUCUUUCCUGCUACUGUACCUGCUUAUUACAGAAACAAGGUUUCACAAUGACAUUGGGAGAGUUUGUCUGUAGCUGCCAUCUUAGAGGAAUAGAAACCAUGUACAUUUUUAUCUACUCUUUUCAAUGUCUGGGAGUGUAUUUGAUUCCCUGUUUUAGUGUCAACUUGUAGUAAGAAAUGUAGAAUUGGUUGGAUUAAAAAGAAAAUGAUUUU